GUGUUCCUCGUAGCCUCCCAGGGCAACAUGUAUCCGCAUGCUCUGGAAGCAGACCUUGAAGAAAUCCGAUGCCGUCGCGUUGCAGAGGCGGGCUGUGCUGAACUGGACUUUGGCGGCAACACCCAGUUUGCCCGCGUUUGGACGUACUCUGUCAUCUAUGGUCUGACGCUGACGCUGGGUAUCACCAUUCCGUUCCGAUGGUGCUCCGGCAGCAAGCGAGGUUUCAAAGUGGCAGAUGUGGUGCCCGACGACGAGGAGGGCGAUAGCCCCGCGAAGAAGAGCACGACCACCAAGACGGAGUGUGAGCUCAUCGACCCGGAGCCCAACAUCGAGGCUGCAAAGGCGCACCUAGUGAGGACAAGCGCCACACAAGAACAGAAGUGGUUGAGUCCGAUGUGUACGCCAACCUACCGCCUUAGCGAAAUCGGCGGUACAGGAACUGAGCUGUACUUUCGCACGCUGAU